AACUCAGUGGAAAUUUCCACUCUCUCCUCUCGCGACUAUAUAUCCGCAGACAGACAGCGCGCUGCUCACACGGAAACACACACUGCGGCCUGAAAGCAUCGCGGAGAAUUACUGAAAGACAAUCUUCUGGAAUCUAUACAUUGAUUUGACCGAGAACACUUGGAAUCUACCACUACUUGUUUGACAGCCUCGCUUAUUUUUAAAUUCAUCAUGUCUCAGAAGCAGAUCAGCCUCCCAGCAAAGCUCAUUAACGGCGGUAUCGCUGGCAUUGUUGGCGUUACUUGCGUCUUCCCCAUUGACUUGGCGAAGACCAGAUUGCAGAAUCAGAGACAAGGCCAGCAGGUCUACAAGAGCAUGGUGGACUGCCUUGUCAAGACAGUCCGAUCCGACGGGUACUUUGGCAUGUACAGAGGUGCUGCCGUAAAUUUGGCGCUGGUGACCCCCGAGAAGGCCAUCAAGCUGGCUGCCAAUGACUUCUUCAGGCACCACCUCUCCAAGGACGGGGCGGGGCUGACUGUGUUCAGAGAGAUGCUGGCUGGUUGCGGUGCCGGCAUGUGUCAGGUCGUCAUCACCACCCCGAUGGAGAUGCUGAAGAUACAGCUGCAGGAUGCGGGCCGACUCGCUGCCCAGCAGACGAAGCCGGUCAUGAUGUCUCCCACCAAGCUGGUGGCCACCAACGCCGUGCUCACGCGCUCCUACAACUCUGUGGCGUCGGCCCGCCGGCCCGUCUCUGCCACGCAGAUCGCAAAAGAACUCCUGCAGACGCAGGGCAUCCGGGGGCUCUACAGGGGCCUGGGGGCCACGCUGAUGAGGGACGUGCCCUUUUCUAUAGUCUACUUCCCGCUGUUUGCCAACCUGAACCGCCUGGGCAGAGCGGGUCCCGAGGACGCCGUCCCCUUCUACUGGGCUUUCUUCUCGGGCUGCACGGCGGGUUCUACCGCCGCUGUGGCCGUUAACCCCUGUGACGUGGUUAAGACGAGACUGCAGUCCCUGAACAAAGGGUCCAGUGAGGAGACCUACAACGGGGUUGUGGAUUGUGUGAGUAAAAUAAUGCGAAAGGAGGGACCCUCGGCCUUCCUGAAAGGCGCCGGCUGUCGCGCGCUGGUCAUCGCGCCGCUGUUCGGCAUCGCUCAGGUGAUGUACUCGGCCGGAGUCGGCGAGUACCUCCUGGACAACACGCCGCUGAACCUCCUGUCGCCAUGAGAGACAACGACGAACGGGGAGGUGGGGGCGGCGGGGGAGAGCACACGCCGAUCUCUUCUGAGCGUAGAUGGCGACCAGCCGGCAGCUACACAACCAUCAGUUCACAGCAACAACAGAAAAAAGGGGACAACGUAAGUGCUCUGACCGCUGUGUUGCACUCAAACACUUUUAAGACUUCUUCAGCAGGCCGACGUUUGCACUUGAAGCCGUUGGCCUUUCCAGGCCGUGGGGGGGGGGGGGGGGCUCAGAGUUGCAGUGUUAUUCUUUCUAUGUCUCUGAGACAGUCCUGUUUCCCUCUGUGAGGGACGGGAGCUCACUCCAUCUACACGUUUGUGCUUUCUUCCACGUUACCACUUGUCGUAUUUAGUGUGCUCGUUCCUAUUUUGGAUCGCGGCAGCUUUUAGUCCUUUUUAGUCUUUGUUCCUUUUCCUUCGCUGGGCCAAAUUUACACAGUUCGUAGCAGAGGUCGUUUUUAUUUUUGAAAUACAUUUUCAGUCAAAGCUUCGGUGCACGUUUAAUGUGGCCGAUGGUGUCCGUUCCUCCUGACGCGGGGCCGCGAUGGUUCACCGAACCACAAGCGGCCCCGCUGUAUACUUGAUAUUCUCCCUUCAGUGGGUCAGUAGUGAGCUGCAGCUUCAGUACCUGUGAAAAACUUGAGAUGCAGUCAUGCACAUUACAUGUAUGUUUGUCCACGUAACAUUUACAAUAACUAAUGCAUAACUGAACCUAAGAUGUAUUUUGGUUUAUGCCUUAACAGAGCAGACAUUUCUCUCGCGAAGCAGGCUUAGUCAAAAAAAGCAUUACGAUGACUGAACAUUGAACCUUGACUGUUACAAUAUUUUGUGAUUUUUGUACAAACUGGGCAUAUAUGUAUAUACAAAAUAAACUUUGAAUUGUA